CCAGGAAACUCUCAAAUGAGGACGCUGACCCGGCUGGGUUUGAGUAUAUAUACUCGAGCAGCGACAAGAUCCCUCAGUGUAGCAGCGGCGUCUUCAAGGUCAACACUUCAAGACACUCUUGUGAAGAUGCGAGGGCUAGUGUUGGUGGCCAUUGUGGUUCUACUGGCACAGGUUUAUGCAGAAGACACCUUAGCCAAAAAUCAAGGGCGCCAGUUGGGAGGAUUUCAUGGACAAGUCAGCCGCCCAGGGACAGGCCACAUAGUGGGUGGUCGCCCGGGGGGAAUACAUGGAGGUCGCCCGGGGGGAAUACAUGGAGGUCGCCCGGGGGGAAUACAUGGAGGUCGCCCGGGGGGAAUACAUGGAGGUCACUUCCCUGGAAUGAAGAUGUUAACAUGUCUGACGGCGGGGCUAGUGAUGAUAGUGGGCAGCCUAGCCCAGCAGGACGCUGACGGCGACAACUUACCUAGUGAGCAGCCCCGCAGUUAUCUCCAGUCAGUCUUCAACUCUGCUCAAGGUCUCCAAGUGGCUUCCCACAUAGGCGGCAGACCCAUCAACGGCAUUAAGCCAAACUCUAGAGAGCGACCCAUCUACGGUGUCAGGCCACACUCUGGAGAAAGGCCCAGCUACGGUGUUUUGGGAGCCUCCGACAGCUGUAGGUACUGGUGUAGGACUCCAGAGAAUACAUUCUACUGUUGCGACUCUUCCACAGUGCGUACUUCCACGUUUAGACCAGCUCGCGUUGGGUGCUGUCCUCCGGUGCGCCCAGACUGUCCAAGGACGUAUUACCCGCAGGCUCCAGUAACCUGCGUCCACGACUCCUCCUGCAGCAACACCUCUGACAAGUGUUGCUACGACAGAUGUCUGGAACAACACGUGUGUAAACCUUCCCAGCCCUGUUCAGGGUAACGUUAGGUUAAGUCUACAACACUGGCGUGCCUCAUUCACAAGCCAUAAACUCUACAAAAUCUACUCUACAAAAAUCCUCUGCUGAUUAUGUCUUAAGGCUUUUCAUAAAUGCAGUGUGUUCGCAAUUUUGGAAAGAAAUUUUGUGUGAAGGCGUUGACCUGCAGAUUAAAAAUUUAAGUGAAUAAUGCAGCGGAUUAUUCUGUACCAUUUGUAGCUUUAGUUGUCAAAAAUACCAAGUUAACUGUAUUGUAAGGCUGCAUUUUUAUUGACACAGGUGUUAUAUAAUAUCUUCAGGACCAUAGGGUUCAAAAUUGCAUUAGUUUCGUUAACGUUAGUUUCUAUCGGAUUCUUUUUAUUGUUGUAUACAAUAAAAAAAAGUUAAAACAAA